UCUUCCCCGGAGGGCGGCGGGGGCCAUGGCGGCCGCGGCCCUGGCGUGCGGGGCCCGCCUCGGCCCUGCCCUCGAGCGGCCGCCCGGACGUCCCGCUCCGUCCCGUGCGCACCCGGAGUCACUGACCUUCGAGGAUGUAGCUGUUUACUUCUCUGAGAACGAAUGGACCAGCCUGGCCCCUGCCCAGAGGGCUCUGUACAGGGAUGUGAUGCUGGAAAAUUAUGGGGCUGUGGCUUCCCUGGCAGCAUUUCCAUUUCCUAAACCGGCUUUGAUUUCCCAGCUGGAACAAGGAGAAAUACCCUGGUGCUUGGCUCCUCAAGGAGCUCUGGAUGGAAAGGGCCCGAGGGGCAUCUCCUCAGGAUGUCCAUUUCUAAAGCCUGCUGGGAUCUCCCAGCUUGAGCAGGUGGAAGAGCCACUGAACCUGAAACUGCAAGGAGAGGGUCCAAGUCUAAUUUGUACUGAGGAUGUGUCGAAGAGUGAAAAAGAGGAUUUUAUUCCGAAGCAGGAAUUUUUUCAGGAGGCAUAUGACCGUAUGGUGCUAUCACAUAGAUCCCAGUGGUAUGACUGCCAGGAAUUCUGGUUUGGAAAAACCUAUGAAGAUGAGAAAAGCAGGUUAGGGAGAUGGGCCAAUGGGGAAAGCAUGGAGAGUGCUACAGAUGAUAUUAUAGAAGUGAUUGUCACAGAUGAGAUGAUCUCAGUAGAAGAGAGUUCAGACAGUACUGACCUCAAUACCCACUUUACUAUACAUCAUAAAAUUCUAAGUGGGCAGCUAUUCUGUAUAUGUGAAGAUUGUGGCAAGUGUUUUUAUCAAAAUGAAGACUUUGAUCAACACCAGAGAACUCAUAAUAAAGAAAAAGUCUAUGGAUGUAAGGAAUGUGGGAAGGCUUUCCGUUUUAGAUCACAUUGCAUUGCACAUCAGAGAAUUCACACAAGGGUAAAACCCUAUGAAUGUCAAGAAUGUGCUAAAGCCUUUGUUUGGAAGUCAAACCUAAUUAGGCACAAGAGAGUACAUACUGGAGAGAAACCCUUUGAAUGUAAGGAAUGUGGGAAGGGCUUUAGUCAGAAUACAAGCCUUAUACAACAUCAGCGUAUCCACACUGGGGAGAAACCAUAUACAUGUAAAGAAUGUGGAAAAAGCUUUACUCGGAACCCUGCGCUUCUUCGACAUCAGAGAAUCCACACUGGGGAGAAGCCUUAUGAAUGUAAGGUCUGUGGGAAAGGCUUCAUGUGGAACUCAGACCUUGCUCAGCAUCACAGGGUCCACACUGGGGAGAAGCCUCAUGAAUGUACUGAAUGUGGGAAAAGCUUCAUUUGCAAGGCACACCUUAUCCGACAUCAGAGAAUUCAUACUGGAGAAAGACCCUAUAAAUGUAAUGAGUGUGGGAAGGCCUUCAGUCAGAAUUCUGUCUUAAUUAAGCACCGGAACCGCCAUGAUAGAGAGAAACCCUCUAACUGUCAGACCUCUCAUCUUCUUGAACAUUAGAGAGUGCAUAAUGGUGAUACUUGUUUAUAAUUCUCAUGCUACAGGAACCCCAGAGAGAAAAUGAGGUGACCUUCCGCAAUUUUACUCUUAUCCUAAUAGCCAGUAAUAUCUUGCCCUUUCUCCUGAACGGAUACCCAGUACCUAACAAGACCGGUCCCCCUGUUCAACCAUGUUUAUACCAGCCUCUAUUUAGUUGAGCACCUACUAUGUGUCAGGUGCUUUACAUACAUUAUUUAAUUUUCUUAAUUCAAUUAAGGUAAGUACUCAUCUCCAUUUUACAAAUGAGGAAUCAGGUUAAAAGAGGUGGUUAAAAAACUCAUUCAAAAUUACACAGCUAAUAAGUGAUGGAGUUGAAAUUGGAACCAGGCUAUCUGACUCCAGAGUCCGCUGUUCUUUAUUUAAUUAUGCACAUUCCUGCCUCUACCCAUUUUUAUUUGCUCAGGUUUCCCUGGUUACCCAACUCCUUCAACUAAACAGACUUAUUUUUCUAUCCUUUUUGUAAUCAGUACCACCCAAGUUGGUAUUUAAUUAUGUGCUGUCUUAUAUUUUUCUGUUAGUCUCAUAUGUGUUAAUCUUGACUUCAGCUAAGUUUCCCUUUGAGAGCCAACACUGCAUUUUUUUUUCUUAUAUUUUAAAACUUAUUUAUUUUUUACUAGAUAUAACAUGGAUAUGAUAAACAAAAAAUUGAAAUAGUUCAAAAGAUGUUCAAGGAAAAGUAAGUUUCCUUUUCACUCUUCCCCAAUUACUGUUACUAGUUGUGUAAUCUUCUGGAGAUAUUCCCUAUAAAUACACAAGUAUUUAUUAAUAUUGCUUUUCAUAAGUCUGCCUCACCCAAAUCCUUAUUUUAUGUAGGUGACACUGAAAUUAAUAUUGCCAACUCCAGGAUCUUGUUGUCCUCAGAAGUUGUGGUCCUCCUUGGGGUCACCAAGGUAACUUAGGAAAAGCAGUAGAAGGUAGUCUGAGUUGUGCAGUCUUGGGAGACCUGAUUGCCCUUGUGUUAUCAGCCUGCACUCGGAGUAGAAAAUAUGAUGUAAACCAAGUUUGAGAUUUUUGUCAUAAAAAUCUGUAUAGCUACAACCCCUUUCCUCAUUGCAACGUUAUCCUAAAUCCUUUCCAGUCUGUCCCCCUCCCAUUGCCAUAAUAACCCACACCCCAAAAUAAGCUAUGGGUUGGUCACCAAGGGAGGGAGAAACAGCCAGUUUCUGAUGAUGGUUAAUGCUCUGUUAGAUAGUUUCAGCCAGUCAGCAGUUGAAAAGAUCCCAUCUGAUCUAGUAUCUUGGUGCCAGAGACACAAAUGCCCUUCCCAGGUCCAGGAUCAAAGAUACAUGCUAGGAACACAUAGAUUUUACACAAGUAAGGGGAAAAUGAAGAAUUGCAAAAUUAACUAUACUUGAAAUCAGAAGGAGUCUACGUAACAAUAUCUUUUUAAAGGGGAUGCAAGCUGUUAUUAGUAGCAGUUAAAUGCAGGGUAUUAGAGAGUAAUACUGACCAUCUUGACACUAUCUCAAGAGAACCAAAGACCCUAUUCAGGGGAGAAGAAUGCUGACUAAAUCAGACAGGUUUGAAAUGUCCAUUUCAGAUUCUUGACCUUUAGAGUCAUUCUUCAGACAAUGUGCUGCUAUUUAGGCAUUUCAUUUUGUAAACUGCCUGCAAGUUAGUUUACUUUUUGAUUAAGGAGCAAUGACAAGAAGCCAGAGGCCUGCUUGGACCCACCUUCUGCUUCCUGAAAAUCACAAACACUAACUCCAGAGACUCUGAUUGCUGAAGCCUAAAUCUAUGUGGUAAGGAGAACUUGCCCUAGUUCAGCAUAGCCAGGACAACCUCUAAUAAGCAGUAUAAAUUUUGUAUCGCAGAACCAAGGAAAUGGAAAUGAAUGAUGUGAACAGGUGUUUGAAGGAAGUUGUUUAUUAAACAUUAUUGAGCACCUACCUGUGUGCAAAGCCUUGUGCCAGGCACUGGGUAGACAGUAAAUCAGACUUACUCCCUGCCCUCCUGGAACAUCUAGUCUAGUGGGAGAGACCAACCCUCUUCCCACAAAAAAAUCAAGUAAAAUAAUUUUAAAAACUAUAUUAAAUUGCAAAGUACUAUAAAGGGAAUGAACAGAGUGCUGAGAGAAUGGUAUGGAGGGGACCUACUUUAUAUAGGUAGUCAGGGAAUGCUUAUGCUAGGAAGGAAGUAACAUUAAAGCUAAGAAUCGACGGGUGAGAAAGAACCAGUUGUAUCAAGAGCAAGAGAAGAACAGCAGGCAAAGGGAACAGCUAUGCAGACUCCCUGAUGUGAGAAGAGCUUGCAUGUUCAGGGUACCAAAAAGAAUGUGUAGCACAAGUUGGGUUUGGAGAGAUAGGUGGGCCAGAUCAUUCAACAAUCUUACUUGAGAAGAGAAGCCAUCGAAAGGUAUUCAGUGGAGGAGUGACAUGUUUGAUUUAUAGUUUAAGAAGACCACUCUGACUACUAAGUAGAAAAUGGUUUGUAAAGGGACAAGACUGAAAGAGAUAAUGUUGGAGGCUGUAGUAGCAGUCCAGGUGUGAAAGGAUGGUGACCUGGAGAGGGUAGUAUUAAUGAAGAUGGAGAGAAGUAGAUAGAUUUAAGAGAUAUUUUGGAAAUAGAAUCAUUAGACCUGCUAAUGAUUGGAUACAAGGGGUAAUGGGUAGGGAGGAAUCAAGGAUGACUUUCUGAUUUCUGGCUUUAGCAGCUGAGUGGGUAGUGGUGCCAUUUACUGGAAUGGGUAAGACUGGAAAAGGAAUAGGUUUGGGGAGGAAGAAAUCUAGAACUCUGUUUUGGAUUAACGUAUUUGAAAUUUGUAUAAGAUGUGCAGGUGAAACUUUCAAGUAGUAUACAGGGCUGGAGCUGUACAUUUGGGAGUCAUCAAAUAAGCAGAAGAGGUGUAAAGACAUGGGAAGGAAUGAAAGAAAUCUCUAGAGCUAUGUUAUUCAGUACAACAGCCACCAGCCACAUGUGGCUAUUUAAAUUAAAAUUAAAUAAAAUUUUAGUUCCUCAGUCACAUUGGCCACAUUUCAAGUGCUCAGUAAUCAUAUAUGGCAGUUGGCCACCAUAUUGGAUAGCGUAGAUAUUGUAUGUUUUCAUCAUUGCAGAAAGUACUGUUGGACAUUGCUGCCCUAGAGAGAGUAUAGCAAGAUAAGAGAGCCCAGGAUGGAGUCCUAUGAAAUACCAAUUUGGUAUUUAGGGAGUUGGACUUAGGGGGAGGAGCCAGCAAGAGAUGCUGAGAAAGAGCAGCCAGUGAGGGGUUGGCAACAUUACCAGUGUACACAUUAUGCAGGAAGCAGUUGAAAUAUAGGGUUGAAGGUUAGACCAUGGCUGAAAGGUGGUGAUCAUUAAAACCCUAAAUACUCACAAGCUCCCAGAGUGGCAAUGAUGUAUAUGCUGGAAGAGGUCAGUAUCUUAAAAUGGGAAAGAAGCAGAGAGAGAAUACGAGUAUGAGCGAACAUGAAACAGAAGGGACAGUUUGGACUUCUAGAGGCGCAUUAUUGAAGUUGAUCAACCCCAGAAACUCCCUCAAAGAUGGAAAUGUGUGUGGGUAGGGAAGAUUUUUAAGAUUAUCACAAUGAGAGAAUUAUCAAAAUAUGGCAACAGAUAGGUAUUCUAGAAGGUUUAGGAAAUAGAAUGUGGAAAUGGAUCCCCUACCAAGAGAAUUUCUAACUUGUCGUUUUCUUACCAGAGGCCCAGAGAUAGGCAUUUGGAAGCCCUGAGCCCACAUCGCAGACUCUGUAGUGUCACAUAAGGCAGUCCCUGGGUUACAAACUAACUUACAGACAACUCGUACUUAAGAACAGACUGCCAUAAGUCCUAUUAUGUUAAAAAUCGGAGUUAAAUACAGUGGUUCAUAAUGAACGCACACACUAUUUGUGACACUCAUGAAAAUGUGUGGUUUGGAAAUGUUAAGUGUUUUAUAUACAUAGAAAGGUAAAAUACAUACUACAUACUAAGACAUUUUACUUACUGACGCUAAGUAAGAACCAUAUGUACCUGUUCUAACUUACCUACAAAUUCGACUUAAAGACAGAUUAGGAAUGGAUCCGACUUGUAACCCGGGGACUGCCUGUAUUCACGAAAGUAGGAGCAGCUGUAAAGAGAAGUGACUGCUUGGCCUGCCACAGAAACUCCUCAGUCUCAAUUCAGAGAUCCAUCAGGCUCUCUCAUUUAGUGUUCAAGUCAAUGUCGCUCGGAAAAAAAAAAAAAAAAAAGAUCAAAAGAAA